AUGGUUGCCGCCGCCGCACCCUCCAUCUUCUUCCUCCUCCUCCUCCACCCCACGGCGGCGCAGCCGGCGGCCGGAGAACUCCCCGACGACACCGGGGUCAUCAUCGUCGUCCUUGCCUCGCUCUUCCUCCUGGGCUUCUUCUCCAUCUACAUCCGCAACUGCACGGACUUCCAAUCCGUGACGGCGGCGGCGGCCGCAGCCUCCGCAUCCGCCUCCGGCGGGCUCGAUCCAGCGGUUAUCGAGACGUUCCCCACGAUGGUCUACUCCGCGGUCAAGGGGUUGAAGAUCGGGAAGGCUGCGCUGGAGUGCGCCAUCUGCCUGAGCGAAUUCGACGACGACGAAACGCUGCGUUUCAUUCCCAAGUGCGACCACGCCUUCCACCCGGAGUGCAUCGACUCCUGGCUCGAAUCCCACACCACCUGCCCGAAACAACUUCACUCCACUUCCUUCUUCCUUGUUUUUUUAUCUGUGACUGUGAGUGGGAAAUUCAAAUUUGUUGAAUUAUUCCCGGAUAGUGGGAGUGAAAUACAACGACCACCUACAGAAGUUGCUCUGGAGGUUUUCUGGGUCGAUUGGGUUUUGAACCGGAUCCGUGGGCCAAGAUCGCACUCGGCGGGUCACUCUUUGGUGCAGCCGGGUGGGACCACCGACCGGUUCACGUUGAGGUUACCGGCUGAUUUUAGGAAGCAGUUGAUGUGA